CCCCCCCCCCCCCCCAAAACUGCCAGUGGGUGAAGUGUGGCCAGCUCUGGGGCGUGGCACAAGCACAGGCUGCGUAGAACAGCGAGGCUGGAUUUGCAGCCAGCUCUGGGGACCAGCAGCCACAGCCAAGGCUGCCCUGGAUGCCAUCCCAUAUGGCGCCUCCUAUGUGGUGUUCCAUAUAAGGGCAGCCUCUACCACUGGCUCUGCCAUAUAAGGUCAGGUUGUACCACUGGCUGUGCCAUAUGAGGGUUAUGGCUAUGUGCCAUAUAAGGGCACGCAGAGGGGCUAUACCACCUGGCUAUGUCAUGGCCAGGCACUCCCCCACAUGCCAUAUAAAGGUGCUGGGGGGGGUCAUACCACCUGGUUAUGGCAUAGAAGGGCACUCGGGUGGGUUGUACCACCCCCACGUGCCUCAAGGAAAUUUGGAGGUGCUGUACCACCUGACUGUCAUGAAAGAGCACUGAAGUGGGUCACACCACCCUGUGCAUGCCAUAGAAGGGCAUCCAGGUGGGUCAUACCAGCCCCUGGUGUACCACAUUAGCGCAUUUGGUGGGGUCAGCGUACCACCUAGCUGUACUAUAUGAGGGCGUUUGGAUGGGGUUGUACCACCUGGCCAUGCCACAAAAGGGCACUCAAGUGGGUCAUAACACCCCCACGUCCCAUAUAAGGGCAUUUGGAUGGGGUGCCACCUGGCUAUGCCAUUAAGGAGGCACUCAGGUGGGUUGUACCACCCCCACAUGCCAUAUUAGGGCAUUUGUACAGGGUUGUACCACCUGGCUGUGGGCCAUACCACCCCCGUGUGCUAUACAAGGGUUGGAAGCCCAUGGCUGUGCCACAUGAGGGCACCUGGAGGGAUUGUACCACCUGCCAUGCCACGUGGGGGGUGGAGGUAUUUGGACAGGUACCACCUGACCAUGCCGUAUAAGGGUAUUUGGUGGAGUCAUAGCACCUGGCUGUGCCAUAUAAGGGCGUGGAGGGGCGGGCUCAAGUUGACUCCCCAGCACAGGAAUGCGCGAGGACCGGUUCCUGGGGGCGGGGGCCCCCAGCCCUGCGCCCAACCCAGGCCAGGCCCGAGCCUGUGUGAACCCAGGAUCCCUGCUCCACCCCGCAGCCCCCGCCCGCUACCAGGCAGCCGGGCUCUCCGCCCUCCCCACCCCGGGGAGCCCACCCACCCGCUCCGAGUCCGACCGCGACCCCGACCGUGACCCGGGCAGCACCGAGGCAGGAGGGAGGCGGCCGGGACAUCCCCCCCACAAGGGGCCAGCCGCCAGCUCCAUGGGAGAGGGGGCCGAGAAGCCGUCCCCUGGCACAGAGACGGCCGUGAUGAUGGAGGUGGGCCCCUCCCCGCAGCCCACCCCGUGGCCCCGCACCCUGCGGGGCCUGGCCGUGGCCAGCAUCGUGUGCGGCUGCUCCUGCCUUGGCGCCCUGGCCCUGGUCUACGCUGUCAAGGCCAAUGAGAAGCGCAAGGCGAAGGCCCCGGACGCAGCGCUGUGGGCCCGGCGCUCGCUCCGCCUCUCCCUGCUCAGCAUCGGGCUGUGGGUCUUCCUGCUCCUCCUGCUGCCCCUGCUCAUCUACCUUGUCUCCUACCUCCUUGCCCGCGCGGAGUGACCCCCGUGCCUGCCACCACCGCCGCGCCCACCGCUGGGAUCCAAGAGUCGGCGAAGAGUCGGCUGAGAGGGCGCCCCGCCUGCCCCGCACCUCUGAAGACAUGAGGGCUGCCUGGAUGGCUGACUCUGGACUUGCAAUGGGGCAUGGAUGACCAUGGGGGUGGGGGAAGAGAGUGCCGCGGGUCAGCUGGACUCCAGGGAAUCAUGGGAAGGUGCAGGGGCUUAAUCUGAGGUCCUGCUGAAGGGGUCUGUGUUGGAGAGGUUGGCGGAGGCGGCCCCCGCCUGGGCCCAGGGCAGGCGGUCGCUGCUCCUAAGCGCACACCUGACCAGAGACGCUCCCUCUCCCCCACCCUUAACUCCUCACUCCUGCCACGGCCCUGCCCCUCACCCAGGCCUUACCCCGCACCACUUCCCCUGCCCCGCCCCGCCCCGCCACCCCAUCACCUACUGUGACGCGGGCCGCCACCUGUGCCCCCUGCCCCUGCCCACCACCCUGCCCCACUACCCCUGCCUCCACCUCCAACGCCUACCUCCACACCCAGCCCACCCUGCCCCCUGCCCCUGUUUGGCCCCGCUGUGACCUCGGCUGACCCUGGCUGGGGGCGAGGAGGCCUGGCCUGGCGCCACGCGGGAAUAAAGCGCACAGCCGUGGACUGUGUGUGCGUGUA